GCGAAUCACCUCACAUGACAGCGAUUAUAACCUGGGAGUUUGGUGGGCGUGGGAGAGAAAGAGAAAGAGAGAGAGAAUAACGGAGCACAGAACACAUGAAGAAAUGUCUUAAUUCGGCGCGCAAAUGUGCAUGUAUUAUCUCACCGCCAUUUACCGGGUGAUUAUUUGACGCGUGUGAUCUACCGUUCAUCAAAGGUGAGAUGGCGAGCAGGUCGGGGCUCCCCCAUGACAGUUCCCUGCACAGAUGCAUGCUGGUCCUGACCUUCCUGCUCCUACUGUGUGAGAUCGUUGUCAGCCGCCUCUGUAACUCCCUCAUCACCAUGGUGGAUGUCUUCCACACCCUCUUCAUCCUCAUGCACAUGGCUCUUCCUCAACCCACCCUGGGCAGAGGUUCCCCGAAACCCUCACCUGCCUCCCCUCUCUCCAACACCUCCACCCCCACUCAGUCACCUGUCAAAUCUCCCCCAUAUUCCCCAGCCACCUCCUGUGUGUUCCCCAGACCCCUCAACCCUGUGGCCUCCCUUUGUGGCCUGUCCUACAGUGGGGCGAGGGUCCAGCCCCUGGGGGCUCUGAUCUCCGCUCUUCUGCUGGCUGCCUUGUGUGUCUCUGUCUCUCUAGAGAUCCUCAGCCACACCCUGCAGCCCCACCCUAUACAGCGCCCUCUUUUGGCCACGGUGAUGGGGGCUGUCAGUGUGCUCUACAACCUCCUGGUGCUGGGGCUCAGCUGGGGCAGCUUGCCAGAGACCAAGACUAGAGCUGCCUGGGAGGGGGAGGAGAGCUCUGUCCUUGGUGUGAAUGGAAAAGUCAAGGCCAAGGUCCAGACCAAAGACAGCAAUGCAGUGGGGGGAGAGAAUGACCUCAGUAACCUCCCUACAUCUCUAGAUGGCGCCUUCCAAGAUGGAACACUUGUACUCUGUAACCCUGGGACCUCCAGUGUCCUGAACCCUGACAGUGACUCUCAGCACCCAACCCAGACAUCCCCACUCCAUACCGUGGCCCCUCAGGGUCCCCUUUCAGACCACUGCCAUGGAGCACACACACUCCCUGCAGACUCGCACACGCUCCCUGCAGACUGCAGAACUUCAGAGACACUGAGCAGCUUCCCACAUCCAGAGGCCAGUGUCUGUCAUCCAAAGGAACCCCACUCUGAAGUGUCUAAGUAUAGUGCCUGCAUGGGACACAGAGAAAAUCAGACAGGCCCCACCACAGCCUCAGCCCUAAAGUCAGAAAGCCCUACAAGCCUCAGGGUCCAACUUCCCGCCUGUCUCCCAUCCCUCAUCGCCCUCACUCAGGCACUGCUAGGCUCCAUCCUGGCACUCACCAACGGACUUACCCUGCUACUCCUGGGCCCAGACUGCAUGCAUGGCUCUGGGGCCUGUGGCCCCUUCGUCUACCUGGACCCUGGCUUCUCCAUGGUGGCUGUGGUGGUGCUGCUGGCCACCGCUCUGCCCCAGGUGUGCCGCUACGGUUGGCUGCUGCUCCAGGCCGUCCCGCCCCAGGUGUGUGUGUCUGAUCUGGGCCGGCGGAUCGCCAGUGUGCCAGGGGUGCAGGCGGUGCACGACCUCCACGUGUGGCAGCUGACAGAGAGCUGCCUGGUGGCGUCUGUACAUGUCCACUGCCACGCUGGGUUCCAGAUACACAGGUGUGGUGAUCUGUUGUCGGGGGUCACCAAGGUGCUGCAGAGUGUAGGUGUGAGCUGCUGCACCGUACAACCAGAGUUCCUCCUCUCUACUCCCACAGCCAACGGCAACCUGGAUAACAACAACACCAACCCCACCAUCAUCCAUAGGGAGAUGCCCUCACACCUGGCCUGCAGCCUGGCCUGUGGGAAGGGCUGUGCUGGGAAGAUGUGCUGUGCUCCUCUGGAGGAAUGGUCUACAGAGCCACUGGCACCCCCUGCUGGGGAAACUGAGGAGGAGCCUUACGUGCUGAUCAUAGAGAACACCUUUCUUUGAGGGAAGGACCUCUAGGAUGUAUGUCAGUAGUGUAGAGUGGGCUCCUUGCAUCCUUUCCUUCAUAUGGAACUGAUGUGAGAGGACUGAAGUGGAGCAAACCACAUUUGGCAAUUAAGAUGCAGCUUGGGGAUUGACUAGAAUACAUUAUAAUGAGGUAAUUGAGGUAAUUUUAGAGAGCUAGAUAGCCUAAUGUAAGAAUUAGGCUCAGGUGAAGAGUAGAAAUCCCAGUAGUCAUCAUGCGUGUGUGUAUUUUGGCAUGGGGUGGGAUAAUAAACAGCAUUCCUAUGGGUACUCAGAAAGGGCCUGUAUGUGUACUGUAUUAUGUAUGUAGGCAUGUACUACAUGGUUAUGUUGGGAUUGUAUUUAAUUGUAUUAACACGGUGCCAUACCAAAGAUACAGUAGAUUGUAAGCCAAGUCACUCACCUAAUUAAGUGUUUAUCCAAUAAUGCCUUUUCAACAUACACUACCGUUCAAAAGUUUGGGGUCACUUGUUAUUGAAAGAAAAGCAAAAAAGAAUGUCCAGUAAA